AUGUUUAUUAAAUAUUAUAUUAUUAUUUUUGUUAAAUUAAGUAUAACUUUUGGAAUACUUCAUCAGCCAAAAGAAGUAACAUGUACUUCUUUAUAUAUUUUUGGAGAUGGUUUAUCUGAUGAUGGUGCUGAAGAUGAUAUUUUUUCUUAUGGUUUUCAAAGAAAUUCUAAUGGUCCAAUAUGGUGUGAAUAUUUAAGAAUUAAAUUAAAUUGUAAAUACUAUGUUAAUUAUGCAUUUAGUGGAGCAAAAAGUGGAAUGGAUAAUUUUUAUUUUAAAAAUUGGUCAGGUAUACAUUGGCAAAUUGGAAAAUUUAGAGAUGAUAGACAUAAAUUAGAUAAAGGUUCUGUUAUUAUAUUACAAACUGGAGGAAUUAUAGAUCUUCUUAGUGGUGAAGUAGAACAUUCUGAGAUAAUAAAAAAUUUAAAAAAAUCACUUGAGGAGUUAACAAAUUAUUUAAGAGAAGGAAAAAUAAUAAUAAUGAAUUUAUUUGAUUUAUCAUUAGCUCCAGGAUUAAUAACAAAUGGUGGAGAAAAAGAAGUUAAUGAAGAUUUGACAGUAUCUAUUGCAUCAUUAAAUCAAAAAAUACGAACAUUAGCAAUGAAAACUACUCUUAAUAGUAAAAUUAAUCAACAUAUCGAUAUAAGAAUUUUUGAUUUAAAUUCAAGUAGUUUUAAAUUUAUUUCUAAUUUAAAUACAACAAAACCUUUUAAUUAUCAAAGUUUAGUUACAACACCUUUAAGUGCACAUGAAUAUGCUUAUUAUGAUAGCUGGCAUCCUACAACAAUUGUACAUUCAGGAAUUGCUUCUGAUUUAAUUGAAUUUUUGGAAGAUCAUUAA